AGCAGGCAGCAAGCAGCAGGCCGAUCACAUAUCACACCACAGCAGCGGCACACAGACACACGGAGGACAGUGUGAGGGGGACUCAAAUGACGGAAACUGCGAGAGCUGGUCAGGAGACCAAGGGUCUCAAAGCCCUGUCUCAAAAAGAGAUGUUUGAAAAGAUGGAGGAAUCUUUUAAGAUCUGUGCCGGUUGUGAGAAGCAGCCAAAUCAGCUUUCAAACCCACAGAGCUUGAAGCGUUGUGCCAGAUGUCUAAAUGUUUACUACUGCGGUAAAGAGUGUCAGAAGGAGGACUGGCAUAAACAUAAGAAGUUCUGCUCACAGCUGCGUCUGGCUGCCAUCGACAGAGUUGUGGAGUGGCUUUUAUACAGGGGAGAUCUCCCGUUCCCUACUGAAAAAUGGUCAAAGCCGCAGUCGGAGGUGAAAGGCUGGGAUGACUGGCUGGCGAUGCAGGGUGACCUCACAGCUCGCCUCGAUCCCGUUUUAAAAUGCCCAAACAUGAAAGACUUGUGGACAAACGCUGGCCGGUCUCCGCCUGACGACGAGGACCUGAAGCAGUCGUUGUGGAGGGUCUGCAGCGAGUUCUUCUCCAGGCCGCUGACCGUCGCCUGGGCCAUGAGGCUGUUCGCUCUCAACCCUUAUUCCAACCCUCUCACCAUCCACGUGGUGGGGGCGGGACAGGCUGAGACCCUGGCAGCACGACUGACUGACUACGACGAGCUGAACAACAUGUUCCCAGGACACCAGGGUAUCACCAUAGUCCUGGUGGGACCAGAGGUGGUGGAUGGCCCCGUGGUGAGGCCUCCUCUCAGUGGGUCGGGCCCCAGGCAGAGGGUCUACCUCUGCGCCCAUAAGGGCCUCUACCAUGAGUUUUGGGAGGACGUGGUGGAGAAAGAGGAAGCAGCAAAGCCAGACCUGGUGGUUGGAUUUCAUCCUGGGUUUGAUGCCAGUCAGGCUCUGGACCACGGUUGGCUUCCAACACUUCUGCUCCUCAGGGAUUUUGAGAUUCCUACUCUUUUCACUGCUCUCAACGAGACAGAGAUGACCUACUCCCUGCAGAUAUUGCUGGAGCUGGAGAUGGACAUGAAGGCAAGCGGAGCCAGCCCCUUUGCGUCGCUGAAACCAGAAGUGGUGGGCUCGUCUGCCAACAAGCCUCCCGUGUACUGCAACUCCCACUACUUCUGUUUCCAGGGUCUGCUGGAGACUGUGGAGUUUGAGGAACCGGAGGAGGCCUGAAGGUGCAAACACACACUGUUGUCUCACAGCUGGAACUCUGAUUUUUGCGGACUAUGAGACAUGGAUUGUAUACGGCUGUUUUUCUUUUUUUUUUGUCAUUUACUUUUUAUUGGUUUUUGAAAUGAACAAACAAACAAUCAACAUGAAGACCUAUAGACAAAUGCAGAAAAUAUCAAGGAGAAAAGUAAAAGCGUACAAAAGGGGAUUGGAAAACACCCAAAAAUAAAUGAAUAAAUAAAAUAAAAUGGGGAAAGCUACAAAGAAAUUAAAGUAUUCUGAUCGUCCAAUCUGAGAUUACCUAAAGUCUGAUUUUAUGGUAGAGACAUAUGUAAUCCAUUUUUGCCAAUUUUCAAUAAAUACCUCUUUUUGUGUUCUUAAAUGGAAAGUUAUUCUUUCCAUUACAAAGAUGCUGUACACAAUAUCAAUCCAUUCAUCUGCACUAGGUGCCUCCCUCUUCAGCCAUUUCUUUGUUAUUGAUUUCUUACAGGCCACCAGUAAUAUUCUCAGUAAAUAUGUAUAUUUAUUCCUCCACUCCAGUUCCUCUAGAUCUACUAAAUAUAACAAAUUGAAACAAAAAGUUAUUUUUGUUGAAAACACAGUCUCUAGAAUUUGAUGUACGCUCAAUCAAAUCGGGGUCACAAGAGGGCAACACCAGAAUAUAUGACAGUGAUUCGCCUCUUUGCUUCCACAACAUCUCCAACAUUCUGUCUGAUUGGAAUAUGAUCUCUUUUGAUAUGGAGUGCAGAAAUGGGGAAAGAGAUUUUUCCAUGAAUAUUAUACAGCAGUAUUUCUAAUAAUAAAAUCAUGCAAUAAGGUUUUAAAACAGUAUGUAAAUACAUAUCCAUUACUGUUAAGAUGUUUUUUCUCUGGAAGCAGCUAUUUGCAUUCACUAUCUCAGUUUUACUGCUAGAGUUGUUAGAUUUGAAUAUACUGUUUCUGGACCCUUGUGUUAGCAGAGAGCCAAUAAAACUUUGUAGAGACAGUCAAAUGUCUACUUACUCUAUAUUCUACAAUAAAAAUAUUAGAAACGAUUAAAUACGGGGCAGACUGCAAUGUCCACUUUUAUUGAAUACAGACU